AACACGACGAGUACAUUGGAAAGUUAUGUUGUAAAUCAUUCAGGCGUAAAACUUGACUUUGCGCUGGAGAUGAAAGCAGUAGGCCUACAACAGCUGGAUUGUUUCGGAGUCUGACGCCUGUCGAUGACUGUCUGAAAUCUAUGGUCACAAUAGUUCAUGAACAUUUGAACGUUAGAAAUGCCUCAAGAAACAACUGAUCCAGCCAGCCAAUCCACGCUGAGGAAUAGGUCUGCUGAAUCGAGUAAAGGAAUGGGCACAGUGGAAACAGAAACAACUGCAAUGGACACAAACCGCCAGUCGGAUGACAAUGGUAAUCAAGGGGGUAUGUCCCCAUCCCAGAAACAUUCAUCCAUUGAUUUCUCGCAGAAGGCAUCUUCCAACAUCUCAUGGGUGGUCGUGAAGAGGACACUCCAUGUCAACAUCUUUCUCUAUGCGUUUUGUUUCUGGAUCCAGGUCGGAGUCCUACCAUACUUGACAAAGAAACUUGGUAUGGACAUGGUGGUGUAUGGCUACCUACAGACCUUCUAUAACUUUGUGCAGCUAGUUGGAGGGCCAUUCUACGGACGGUUUGGUGACUUGUAUGGUGGGCGAGCUGCUCUGACGUUAGCCUUCGCUAUGGCUGCAGCUAUGUAUGGUCUUCUUGGAAUCGCAACAACAGGGGCUAUUGUGUUCCUGUCUCGUGUUCCUGCUCUCUUCCUUAGUGCAAAUCAUGGUACUCAGAUGGUCAUGUCGGACUUGACAGAUGAAUCUCAGAGAGCAGAGGCGCUUGGACGGAUCAAUUUAUCCUACGGUCUUGGCAUGUCUAUAGGCCCACUGGUAGGGGGCCUUGUCACCAAAUACUACAGUGAGCAGCAUGCUGCCCUGGUAUCCUGCCUGGGUUCCUUGCUCAGUGUAGUGCUCAUACAGAUCUUCAUUCCGUCACAAACCAAACGAGUCGUUCCAGUCAAGACACAGGAGGAAAGUACAAACAGUGGAAUUUUCAACAUGGAAAAAUACAUCAGUCUGGUAACGCAGACACCGGGGGCGCUAUUUUUCCUGACCGUUACCAUGGUUUCAGCAUUGCCCAACGCUAUACUCCAGAGCAUGUUUCCCAUGAUCCUUAUGGAAAGAUUUCACUUAACGGCAGAGUUCAAUGGCUACAUGCUGUCUGGCAUGGCCGUCGUUGGAAUGCUUAUACAGGGGUUUUGCAUGGGACCAUUGACUAAACGCUUCAGUGAUAUGGCACUUCUCAGGGCAUCUGUGGUCAUCUUAAUAGGAUCCUUCGGACUAUUGGCACUAGCUCAGGAUAUUCUCCACCUGAUGGUGGUUAUGCUUCCAUUAACAAUCGGUAACAGUGUGAUCUCUGUCAUCCUAAGUACAGUAAUGACCAAGAUUGUCACAACCACUGAUACAGGUACCAUGUUAGGUUUGGGUUAUGCUGGCGGUUCGUUGGUCAACACGUUUGCGCCGACAAUAGGGGGAGCUCUUCUGGCAGCCUGUGGUUUCUACUCAUUUGGUAUUGUAGGUGUCGUGGUCAAUUGUAUAUUGCUUGCAAUACUGUUCCGUAAUUGAGCAACAGGGUUGUCUUCGUGCACAGUGGCAUGCAUUGUGAGUUUCUUGCUGUUUUGGAGAGGGGCCUUAAAGGCACUGGACUCGGUUGGUUAUUAAAAAAGACCAGUAGUCUCACUUGGUGUAUGCAUAG